GCCUUCUCUCGCCUUCCAGGCACCGACAUACAGACAUAUGUGGACACGAUGUCUGUCUACAUGCUUGUGUAUGGCAGUGGACAUCGCUUCCAUGAUGAAAGAGUACUUACGUCUGACCAGUUCGUUCUCAUGAAUGCGGCGAGCCACUCAACAUCCGCCAUCCAUUUGUUUGCAAUUGCUCCAGCCACCCAGCCACCCACCCAGCCACCCAGCCACCACGCACCACGCACCUUGCCGGCGACACCGUCCCGUCUUCAUAUCCUUCUACACCAGCGACACAUAGCGCUGGACAAACGCACACAAACCAAUGGCAUGCAGCAAAUGUCUGGCUGCACGCCGAAUAGCUGUAUGGCUCACCACUCCGAAUAUUUUUUUCUGUCUGGUGUGUCCGCUGGCGUCCUUGGUGACCUCAUACAGGUCCUGCGGGCCUUCCUUUGGACCCACAGGGAUCACCAUCUUGCCACCUGCAUCCACCCCAGGCACCAAUCGCAAUGGUGAGUGAGACAUUUGCAGCACUCUUUGGCGGCACGUACCAGGUUUGAGCUGGUCGAUCAAAGC